AUGGCUCGUAACUUGAUCUUCAUAACUAUUGCCUUGAUUGCUGUCGUUGUUGCUGGUCCAGGAGAACGCGGACAGAAAGGACCAGGAGGAGAUCAUAAGAGAGGAGGUCCAGGAGGACAUCACUUCCUUCUACCAUUCUUUGGAAAUGUCUCGGACGAAGGAAAGAAGGAAAUCGGGGCUGUUUUCAAGAAUGAGGCUUUGACUUUGGCUCAAGUUGACACUCAAAUUGCUGCUCUUGCUGAGAAAUAUGGAGUUGCUGCUGCAUACAAGGAUCACAAGGAGAAGGAAGCUGCCAGACAUGCUGAAAUCAAGAAGAACACAACUGCAGUGAUCAGCAGCCUGUCUUCAGUUGCUUCCAAACUUUCUGCUAUUUUUGAGAAUAAGGAUCAGACCCGCAAGGCUCAUCACGAGGCAAUUGAAGCCCUUCGUAAAGAGAAUCGAGUUGCAGUUGAUACUGUUGAGUUCAUUGGAAAGAGACUAGGAGGAUUCGGAGGAGGACGUCACGGAGGACAUGGAGGACGUAGAGGAGGACAUGAUGGAGGAAACAAGAAAGACUUUGGAGGAAAGCAUGGAGAUAAGAAGGGACCACAUGGAGGAGAUGAGAAGAAGAAGACGAAAGAAGCUGUUGCUGCUCCAGCUGCUGCACACUAA